AUGGGUGACAAAUUGAAUGAAACCUACAUAACGCUCGACGGGUAUGUUGAGGUGGAGAAAUAUCGAUAUUUGUACUUUCUAACGAUUUUGACGGUGUACAUUCUGAUUGUUUGCUGUAACUGCACGAUUGUUUACCUCAUUGUAAUUCACCAAAAUCUCUAUGAGCCCAUGUACGUCUUCAUCGCGGCCUUGUUGCUGAAUGCUGUUCUUUUUAGCACGGCAAUCUACCCGAAGCUUUUGGUCGACUUCCUGUCUGAGAGACAGAUCAUAUCACACGCAAUGUGCCACUUUCAAUAUUUCUUUUAUUAUGUUACUGGGAAUGCAGAGUUGUUACUGCUGGCAGCCAUGGCGUAUGACAGGUACGUGUCUAUAUUUAGGCCUCUGCGAUAUGCAAACGUGAUGAGGAAAACCACCGUCUGCGUCCUGCUGUUUGUGGCCUGGCUUUUGCCUGCCUGUCUGGUUGCUCUCUGGUUACUGACGGCUAAACACAGACUUUGUAGCUUCAACCUGAAAGGAUUUUUUUGUAACUCAGCCAUUCAUAAGCUCGCUUGCAAGAUCUCGCACACGCUGUCCCUUUUGGGUGUGAUUAAUUUGCUAAGUAUUACAUUUUUUCCUUUCCUUUACGUAGUUUUUACCUACGCGAGGAUCCUAGUUAUGUCGUACCGGAGCGGUAAAGCUGUCAGGAGAAAAGCAGCACAGACAUGUUUACCUCACCUGCUGAUUUUAUUCAACUACUCACUCUUCUGUGUUUACGAUGUGAUUGCGACCAGACUGGAGUCGGACAUCUCGAAAACAGUACGCUUGUUAAUGACGAUGCAGGUGUUGCUGUACCAUCCUCUCUUUAAUCCAAUUGUCUACGGUUUGAAAAUGAAAGAAAUCUCCAAACACCUAAAACGUUUUUUCGGUCGUGUAAAAUAA